GAAAUCGGUUUCAAAAAUUCUUCUGCCAAAAACCACCAAAUUCAAAAAAUUGAUCCGUUAAUACAGAACCCCGAACUUCCCUCUCUCCCUCCCUUUUUCUUAGGGUUUUAACACUCUCUUUCAAGACUAAAAACCCCAAGAAAAAUCCCUAAUUCCCAAUUCCUACUUCGAAAUCUCGAUCGUAAUUCCGGAAUUUUACGUUUAAUGCGUACAUUGUCUGCGAAUUUCCGCCAGUAUGAACUCCCUGAAGCAAAAUCAGGAGUCCAUGUUGCGAGAAUCGAUCAAGCACUUCUUAACUUCAUACCACAGCGGCAGCUCGGAUUACUCCUCUUUCGAGUUGAUUUUCUUCCGUUUGAUCCAGACCAUGCUCGAUCCCCCGCUUGAAAUCACUUGGUUCUACGCCGCGGUCACAUUCCACACCGCGAAGCGGAACAGCCCUGCCUCUAGGGUGCUGAUAGCUAAGGAUUUGUUGAAUUUACUCGUUUCGUGCUCUAAUUUGAGCAGCGCGUCGAAGAAGAUCGCGCUGCUGGCCCCUGUUGUAUAUGAUCUGUACAGUAUUGUGUGUGAUGCUAGGAUGAUUGAGCUGCAUGAGCGGAUUGAGGUUGGGAAAUUGGUGGAGAAUGUGGUUGGUUACGUGAUGGUAUCUGCUGGGGUUUAUGAUUACGGGAAUGAGGACGUCGAGUGUGAUAGUGCCGUGGUGUGUUUCGAGGAUUUGAUCCGGGUUUGGACUACUGAUCGAGGUGGGGGGAGUUGCAACUUUGUUGAAACUCUGAGGUUGUUCUUCCCCCUUUUGAGUGAUGGAACUUGGAAGAAGAUGAAUGCUGGUUGUGGGAUGCGGCAAUUGGUUGGGGUCGUUCUGUUGGAAGUGUUCUUUCUCAGGCUGUACGUGAGUUUUAGUUCCAGGAUGUGUACAGAGGAUGUCCUGAAGGAUAUGCGAGAUCAGGCAGUUCAAACCAUCAAGGGGUUCCGGAACAACUACUUUUUAGAUAUGCUCCUCAAAAUGCUGUCAGGACCCAGCUUGCCUAUUGCAGCCUCAAUGAGCUAUGAAGAUGCGAUUCUUAUGCAUAAAGUGUUGUAUGAUGCUGUUAUUUUGGUUGACUAUUCAUUUUAUUCUGGGAGAUGGGUCCAGUCAUCUGCCAGUCAAUUGAAAAAGCUCGCUCUGGCAUGGGUGUUGGCUGCUGAUCACGCCAUUCAGUUUGCUAGGGCUGCAACAGAUCAAUCUCGGGCCAUUUCUUACCUUAAUGCUUUCAAAGAAUGUCAAUUGGUGGCUGAGUUAAUUAAGUGGCUCUGUAACCAAGCUGGAAUUGUGGACCAAAAUACCAUACCUGAUGUCACCAAUCCCAGAGCUCUAAUCCAGUGGCUAUUGGUCCUUGAUGGUCAGGGGAUUGAAGUAUUCGAUCAUAGCAUGUCGAUGCUCCAUGCGAAAGCUGUAGCACGCAUAUCGGAAGUGGAGAGUGAGCCACCUGAUCUUACACUCCGUACAGGUAAUCUCAACGACAACAUCAUUGAUCUCACCCAGAGUGAUGAAAGCGAGGACAGAGAAAUGGACGAUCAGCCCAACAACGGUGCUCUAGGGGGUCUCUGCUUGACAAGGGCAAGAAAUGGCACUGGCAGAAAACGCAAAGAGGCUCGGAGUGGUUUACAAGAACCGCAGGUGAAGCAGGUCAAGCUCGAUCAUCUUGGAAGUGCUGUUGGGGACAAGUUCUUGUCUCUAUCCAGUGGUGGUGCCUUGGUUAGCAACGUCGCCUCCGAUGAUGACAUGGACCUCGUAGGAUGAGUUGCCGUGCAUGAUGGAGGAUCGGGCCUUGUUCGUUGCAGUCCAAGUGUCGGCCUCCUACGGGUGCUUCUUCGGCAGGUGAUGUGAAAACACAGUCAUUGCAAUGACAGGGACCUUUUGCUUAGAUUACUUUAUGUAUUCCAUAAAUGCAUGAAACUUGACAUGAUGCUUUAUGCCAUAUCGAACCUGCCUAAUUUCCUCCUGCAUUAGUGGUUUUGCAUGAAUUGCUUCA